AUGGUUGCUGCGUCUCCUCUCAAUGUCAAUGCUGGCUCCUUCAACCUGGAAGUCAAGCGCGCUGAGGGCGACAUUUACGUCGAGGCUUCUAUUGGUACGCCUGCCCAGAAAGUCAACCUUCUCCUUGUCACUGGGUCUGCUGACCUCUGGGUCAUUACGAACAUCACUACUGGACAAACAUUUGACAAGAAGACACCCAAGUACAUCCCUGCUAAUAGUAAGUUGGCUGUUGUUGUCCAGAAGGGCACAUGGUCGAUGAGCUACGUGGACGAUACAAGCGCCGAGGGAGCUAUCUACACUGACACGGUGACCAUUGGCGGCGUCACAGUCAAAAGCCAAGGCGUGCAGGUGGCUACCAAAGUCAGUGCAGGCAACCUAGCCGUGCCGGUUUCUGGUCAAAUUGGCUUUGCGUUUGACUAUAACAAUGACGCAACGCCCAAGCAGACCACGUGGAUGACCAACGCCAUGUCCCAGCUGAAGGAGUCCGUCAUGACGGCGGAUCUCAAAUACGAUAGCACGGGAACCUACGGCUUCGGAUCCAUCGACAAGACAAAAUACACCGGUUCCAUCAACUACGCCGACGUCAACAAGCAGAAGGGCGCCGCUUGGAGCUGGACUAGCUCCGGCUACUCAGUUGGCUCGGGCAAGUUUGUCAGCUACUCCAUGAACGCCUUUGUUGACACAGGCUACACAACGUUUGGUCUUCCUUACAAAGCGUUCCAAGACUAUCUCCUGAGUGCCAACACCACAGCCGCCAAGGUCAACUGCACGACUGUUCUUCCUGAUCUAUUCAUCGGAGUGGGCCAGGGUACUGUCAAGAUCCCCGGCAACCAUCUACGAGCAACCAACAAGGACAAGACAUGCUCAUUCAAUCUGAUUAGCACCGGUGACCACGCCGUUUUUGGUAUCACUUUCUUGAGCGCCGUCUUUGCCGUGUUUGACCGUAGUGCAAACAACGCAAACCCUCGCAUUGGUUUUGCUAACACUAACAAAUAA